AGCGAGCAGCCUGCGAAGGCUGUGUGCGUGCGUGUUUAUGAUUUGUUGUGUAAAUUUUUUACAUCUUUUGCUGGGAACGGGUUCGGUAUGCCCAUGGUUUACCAUUUUCCCGCCCUAUCAAAACGGUGACGAUUGUAGGAAGUUAAGAUUAAAGCGCGUUUUAAGGGGCGAAUGCGAACGGCAGCCAACAAAACUUAACCAAAAACACAAUCAAUUGUCGUUCGAAGCUACCGUGGCGCAGUAAAGGCGCUGCUAGAUGCUAGUUUUUUCUCGCUCUCUCUCUCUGUAUUCCGGAAGUGUUUAGUUUUGCGUGCAUUUUUUCGGUUUGUUUUGUGUGAGCUAACUGUCCUUUUUAAUUCAUUUUCCGGGACAUCUUUUCCGGUCCCAAUAGUUGAUGAAGUCUAGAGCCUAUCUUUGCGUUCAUUAAGAUCCAUCUGGGAAAAUGAUUCGAUCGAUCGAUCGUUCGCGUACUUUUGGUUUCUUUUUGGUUUACCUUUUUCAUCGAUUGUUUUGCCCCCGUUGCACCCAUAUCCCUCUAGCUCCUAUCGACCUCGCCUCUAAGCCCCUUUCCUUAUACAAACCUUUAUCUAAACAAAUGAUCAACACUCUCCCCUCCCGCACACAUAAUUAAACACUUGUAUUCCAAUUAUGCUGGAAACCUCCUAAACCAAGGCCCCGACUCAUCGGAUGAUGAAUCCGGUCCGGCCACACCCACACUGGAGCCGGACAAAGCUCUGUCCCUGUCGGGCGAAGUAAUAGCGCAUGAGCAACCGGGCGAUCAUGAAAAUAAUGGUGACGAUCGCGAUGAGGAGGUUGCUGAUGAUCGGCAACGAAACCGUUCCUACAGCCACAGCCACAGCGAGGGUGGCAAAACGACGACGACCAGUUCCUCGCGCCAUGGCAGCGUAACGAAUUCUUCCUCAUCGGUCUGCUCGUCGAUGGAGCGACGGACGGCACCGGGCUCCGGUGGUGGUGGCGGCGACGGCCGGCUCGUCUGUACCUGUCCGCUACCGUCCACACCGACCACACCGACCACACCGCCAACUGUUGUCUGUCAGGUGUACGAUUACGGUGCGGAUCGCGUGGCCAACUGUGCGGUGCCGGCCUGCGACAGUGGCGGUAGCAGCAGCUGGCGGGACAAGCUUGGCCACCGAGUAGGGCACCGGAAGCCACCGCGCUCACCGAAGAGCCCGAAGAAAGCGAGCGGCAAAAGCCGUAAGGGUAGUUGCGGUAGCUGCGCCGGCAGCUACGGUCAUCUAACGGUGGCAGAUGCCGGGGGCCGUCCGCCGGACGAAGGGGGCCACAGCGCGCCGGAAACGGAACGGGAAGAGGAGCAGGCGGAGGAGGAGCACGGGUUCGAGUGGCGCUGGUUUCAUAGGCGCCGCAAGCACUCCGAGGCCAAGUCCAGGUACAGCUGGCGCGCUUGAUUCGCCACAUUCAUUCGCCACACUGCUGCCCGUGUGGGUGUGUGUGUGUGUAUGUGUUUGGAUGUUGUUGAUCAUGGGGGGGAAGAAGAAGAAGGGUCGUUGUGCAUUUGAAACAUUUAUCACGCAUAUCAUGCAACCACGUGUGUUGUGUUCUGUCCAUUGGUGUCACACGUGUUGGCCAUCAUUCGAAUGCUCUCUGUCCUGGACAUUUGAUCACAUUUGAUUGGCAAUAUUCGGCAACUGUUCUCAAAAGGCAAUUUCAUCUUUCACGCUGCUAUCACUCGAUCAUCUUGAUGUAUCAUCAUUAGUCCAAGGUGAAUCGUUUUGUCUCGCUCUCGGCAGUGUUCGAGCAAUGUUUCAUAAUUAAUGUCUUGUCGCGUCACUCAUUUGUUGUAUGUUGUCCCGAACCAAGUCAAAAGUUGAUGAUCAUCAAUCGAAUUGGCCGAUACCCCUUGAUGAAUGUGUGCUGUGUUUUGUGUAUGUUUGGAUUUUUUUUUCCUAUGUAAAUGUUACAUUGAGCAUAUACUACCUUCUACCAUUGAAUGUUUCCGUCGUUUGAUGUUGCGCUCCAUCACCACCAUUCUUCCAUCGUAAGGUCGUCUCAUACACGUCAUCCAUAUGGAACACACACACAUAGUAGUAACUGUUCGGUGUCCUGUUUGACGUGAGAAGGAUGGUUUUUGAUGCUGAUGAUGAUUGUAUUAUCGGGAUUAAGCACAUGCUCUGUAUAAAGUUUACGUGUGAGUCGUUGGUCUGUGUGUGUACAAUUUCCUCUUCCAAAACAAUUCCGUUCUCUCGGCUCUCCCACCGGGACCACCGCAGGAGUCGCUCGUCUAGUCAUCUGUUUGGUGGCCACAGCCCCGGCCGACCGGUUGGGAUUGCGGGUUUGCGCCUCUCGCCGGUCAGCAGUUGCUGCGGUGGUAGUAGAAGGGUGGCGACCACCGGCAGCCAUGGGUCCGUCACCAGUCCGCCCGACCAGCAGGAAGCUGAGUCGGCCGUGUACGGUGAGGCGCUGGACUACUCACCACCAUCGGGUGACGCACCGUCCGGGACAACCUGGCGCCCGUUGGCACGGAAUGGGUUGCGCGUGGGGAGGAAGCAACCGGCCGCUAGAAAGCGCCCACCACCGCUACCAACGACGGUGUCGGCGGUCAUCAAUCCAGGUCAGGCUCACCUGGUCCUCCUUUUCUUUUUUUCAUAUUGUUGCAAUCAUUUGGUAUUGUUUUUCUUUUUUUAUGUUUUAUUUUCGAAGCUCUAAAACACACAAACAAUUCACUCUAUGAUCUCUUUCUACUUCUAUCUUUCUACUACUAGCUGCUCUUCCGUUUCACGCAUUCAUACACACACACGCGCGCAUUGACUUUCUGUUGCAGACCUGCAUAAUUGAGGAAGUUUUGUUAAUGUGUCCACCCGUGAGGGUUGUUUUCAAAUAGUCGUUAGUGUGUUUAGUUUGUUUGUUGGGCGUUGCUGCCCACAUUGCUGGCACGCCUCCAACGGAGCUGAACUGUGUAAUUUCCACACUCACCUGCACUCUUCUUCAGCACCUGCUCUUCGUGCCUGCGUGCUCGUGUGCCCCCUUCGCGAUUCCGAAUGCUGCUAUAUUACUGUCUCUUCUUGGUGAUAUGUGUCCUCCUUGUGUUUUAUUCCUUCUCUAUGUCUGUUUCUUGAAAUGUAGCAAUGUUUUACUCGUUUGUUGCCUUCUACCUUCUUGCUGUAUCUGUAUUCACUUUCUAUUGCUUUGUUAUUUAAUCUAUCUUUCUCUCCAGUCCAAUUGCUCGUUUCAGGAUAUCGUCGCCACAUGUUUGCUGCAAGCUGUGUUAUUAUUGCCUCUUUGUAUGUGUCUAUAUUGCGGGUCCAAACACACACACACAUACACUACUUCCCGUCCCUUACACGAUCCUUAUCUUCCCUUUCGUCCUUAUCAUCCCUUUCAAACCUAAUUCCUUGAGCUGUUGUCUGGUUUUAUACCAUUGUUCUGGAAUGUUUUAAACAAAUUUUUACAGAGCUAAAAAUCACCCGUGUAUUGUUUGAAUUUGCACACCUUGGCGUACGUUUCUGUGCCUUCCUUUUAGCUACAAUUGUCAACUUUUGUUGCAUUUAAUUUCAGCACGCUCUUUCUCUCUCUCUCUCUCUCUCUCUCUCUUGCUCUUUUGCAUUUGCUUUCUCCUCUCCCUCGUGUAACGUUGAGCCACAUUUUUCCCCCUUUGUGGAAGUAACGAUCAUUAUGAUCUUCGUUUUACCGUUCCGUGUAUACUUUUUCCGCUCCGCCUUUAGUUAGUGAUUGUUUUUUUUUAUUGGAAAUGCCAAAACAAGCGUCCCGUUUUUAAUUUUCUAGCGUAGCGAAUUGAACACAAUUGAAGGUUUUUUGGAUUAAAUUUGAACUGUGCCGUAAGCUCCAUCUUUCCCGUUUGCGCCAGCACGGUACAGUGUAGUCUGUUGUAUUAGAAAUGCAGAACUAGCAAUGUGUACAAUUAACAAACAUAAAAGUAUUAUAAUUUACAAAACAACGCAACCAGAAACUCGACCGUGUAUGAGCUACUCUGUUGUCCCUUGCUUUGAUAAUGUGUUUUAUUCCCGUUUCAACAUUUGCCGCUUUGUUUAUUACUGUGUACACAGUUUCGUAGAGUAUUAAAACAAGAAUGAAAAAAUCUAUAAAUAAAGAAUCUGUAUGGUGCAUAUAGUAUUUUUAAUGGACACGCGUGUCAUAUGUAUCUCAUGUACUGUACCCUACCCAUUGUUUGCUUACAACUUUGUGUACAUGUGACGAGUUUAGUCCUUGUGUAUUUUCCGUUUUUUUAUUAUUAUUUUUGCAGGACUGUUUUGUUUAUCAUCGAUCGAUUUUUCCGACGCACUUGAACACCGUUUUGUUUUUCUGUUUAUUUUUUUUUAUUUUGGAAUAUUUUUGUUCAGUUUAGAAGCUUUUUAAGCACAAUAUUGUUAAUAUUUUGUCUUUUUUUGCAACUUGAAAACUCUAGAUGACCUGACCUCGUACAUCACCCGCUUCCAGUGGGAUUUGGCCAAGUAUCCGACGAAGCAGUCGCUGCGCAACAUUGCCGA